GCGCGGUGACGUCAGAAGCCGGUGUCUCUAAAGUGGAGUGACCUUCUUUACGUCCGCCACAAACGGCUGCUCUGCAGAGAGAGGACACUUCCGCCCCGCACGCGCCGCUCGACAGCCGAUCCGCCAUGGGAGACGUCAACAAGGGGAAGAAGGCCUUCGUGCAGAAGUGCGCCCAGUGCCACACGGUGGAGGAGGGCGGCAAGCACAAGGUGGGGCCCAACCUGUGGGGCCUGUUCGGACGCAAGACGGGCCAGGCGGAGGGCUACUCCUACACGGACGCCAACAAGAGCAAAGGCAUCGUGUGGGGCGACAACACCCUGAUGGAGUACCUGGAGAACCCCAAGAAGUACAUUCCCGGAACCAAGAUGAUCUUCGCCGGCAUCAAGAAGAAGGGCGAGCGCGCCGACCUGGUGGCGUACCUCAAGUCGGCCACGUCAUGAGCUCGGCGCCGCCGUCCGACAUGUCACCUGCUUGUUCUGGUCUGGGUUCUGGCGGCGGACCGGAGCCUCCUGCUCGCUCAUUUGCAGGAAGAGAAGAGACGCCGGUUCUCCGGUUCUCCCGUCUCUCCUGUCAAGCGAGCGAACACGACGCUCCGGUCCUCGUUUUAAUACUCGCCAGUCCGGGUCACGGGUCCGGCCCGGUGCUCCGUUCUAACAGAACCACCAUCAUCAAGCCCAUCGAGUCACUGGAACCGGGCUAGCUGGUGCUGACUGGCCGAUCAGCUGAUGGCUGACGGUUGUAGAAACGGUUGUAGAAACGGCUUCUCGCUGCUGUGAGUUCUAAAUGUUUAUCCACGUAUUUAAAAUCCGAUCCGGCGUGAAGACGCCCGGCUCCGCCCACCCGGAGCCGCCGUGUCCAGGGGGCUCGCCGCCGCGGGACGCCGUCCGGAGGGGAGCAGCGUUAUGGACCUGGUUCACAGGCUGGAGAGGGCUUAACUUAUUUUACUGUCGUGUGUGUGUGGAGGGGCUGAGGGCGGGGGAGG